CGAGCGGAGACACAGCUGCGGAGCUAACGAACUGUGACGCUCCCGACGGCGGACGGGCGGACAAGGACGGGGCGGAAAAACGGAGCCCGUUCGGAUGCGGAACACAUGUCAUAAUAUGGGUUUCCCGUGCGAAAGUGCGCAGCUCCAGCAGCACCGACCAGCAGAACCGGCCGACCGCUGCCAGCGGAAUUGGGCAACCGAACGUAGGCCACAGGACGACGACCGUCAAACACGGACCACAACCUCAACCAUCAGCAACCGGCUCCCACCGCCAGCCCCGGAAUCGCCCGGCCCGGUUCCCCAUCGGGCGCAAGGACCCGACCUGGCAGCAGAACCUCUCCAAGCCGUGUUGACGAAUCACCGAAGAAGUGAGUCCUGCACCAUCACUGCCACCGUGCCUCGGUGGCCCGUGUCCUUCAACCCUUCGGCCGUGUUCGACGGCUAUUCGGCGAUCGUGCUCGACAAGCUGUCCCAUUUCUUCAGCCGUCAUGCCGCUCCCGCCCCUCCCACGGUGGUACCAUCGUCGCCACCUUCGAGUGUCACCAGUCUAAGAACGCUCGACGUCACACCGUCCAAAGGGCCCGGCAAUCCCGCGGCCAGUCCACGAAGGAAUGCGCACGAUGCGCAUCGGGACGCGCAGUUCCACGCUCGGGAUGGGAUGGCCCCUGCUGCCAAGCCUGCCGCCGUCGCCGCCGCCGCCGCCGCCACUACCAGCAGCCACCAUCUUGUAAGACAUUCACUUUGUUUAUACGCAGCCUCUAGUGUACUACUAGCGUUAUGUUAUCUAACGAUACCAACAGUUGCCUCAGACACAGCGCACCCAAUCAGAAGAGGAAGAGUUCGAUUCGCCGAAGGAAAGUCGGAUAAGGAGAUUUUAGAUCAUCUGUUAACGAACGAGCGUUACGAUAAGCGAUUGCUGCCACCAGUGGACGAUGCGGAUUUUUGCUGUGGCAUGCACACGCCGGAAAUGGCUAAACACAUACCGGAUAUGCGUGUUCCAGGACGACCCCAGAAUCGUGGUACAUUGACUGUGAACGUGAGCGUGUUACUAUUAAGCUUAGCGUCACCUGACGAGUCUAGUUUGAAAUAUGAGGUCGAGUUCUUGCUGCAGCAACAAUGGUACGACCCACGGCUUCGAUACGCCAACCAGUCACAAUACGAGUAUCUGAACGCGAUCCACCACCACGAGGACAUCUGGCUACCGGACACGUACUUCAUCAUGCACGGGGACUUCAAGGAUCCGAUCAUACCGAUGCACUUUGCGCUCCGGAUAUACCGCAAUGGCACGAUUAAUUAUCUAAUGAGGAGACAUCUCAUCCUGUCCUGUCAAGGCCGAUUGAACAUCUUUCCCUUCGAUGAUCCACUGUGUUCGUUUGCGUUGGAGAGCAUAUCGUAUGAACAAUCGGCAAUAACGUACGUCUGGAAGAACGACGAGGACACUCUUCGCAAGAGCCCUUCGCUGACGACUCUAAAUGCGUACUUGAUACAGAACCAAACAAUCGCCUGUCCCAUCAAGGCCAGCUGGAGAGCCGAAGGACAAACGUUGUCGGUAGAAGACGAAGAGUUUCUUUGUAAUUUAUGUCAGAGACGAUUUGAGGAGCAAGGAAAUUACAGUUGUCUGAAAGUGGAUUUAAUAUUUACAAGAGAUCGAGCGUUCUAUUUCACGACCGUCUUUAUACCGGGCAUCAUACUGGUGACGUCAUCGUUUAUCACCUUCUGGCUGGAAUGGAACGCGGUCCCGGCCCGUUCUAUGAUAGGUGUAACGACCAUGUUGAAUUUUUUCACAACCUCAAAUGGUUUCCGCAGCACACUGCCGGUCGUAUCGAAUUUGACGGCGAUGAACGUGUGGGACGGCGUGUGCAUGUGCUUCAUCUACGCCUCGCUGCUGGAGUUUGUCUGCGUUAACUACGUCGGCCGGAAGCGACCGUUGCACAACGUUGUAUAUAGACCGGGAGAGAAUCCAGUCACUCAGCGUCUUCCAGCUGUCCUAAGCAGGAUCGGAAUAAUUCUCGCUAGUCCCCUGGAAACGAUUGACCGCGAGUUUCACACCGCCAUUGCCGCGGAGAAGACCACUCCGGCUGCCACGGUCGCAUCCGCCUCCGCUGUCGCAGGUCCCGCCGCCGGCCGCGUCGCUCAAGCUCAACCGCAUCGCCAUUUGCCGCAGGCAGGCCCAGCGCAAGCAGCUACGGUGGGAAGUGCGGCCGCACCUUUUGCCACCAGCGCCACCGCAACCGCAGCAGCUUCGGGCCCGGCCAAUGUGCUGCUGUGCGAGGAAGGACUCUCCGGGGUGUCCGGAGCGCCACAAGGGCCCGGUCUGACGCGCCGCCGACCAACGGUCGAGACACGGCUUAACGAGGCCGGGCUUAUGGAGACGAGCUUUGGUGUGAAGAAGCGGGAAUCCAGCGGACCGAACGAGAUCGUCGCGUGUACCAGUUGCGCGGGCGGCACCAGCCCCUGCACACACUCGGCGAACAAUGGCUGUGCAACAGAGACGUGCUUCGUGCAAGUGCGCAAAAAGGAACCGCCACACCCGAUCCGCGUGGCGAAAACGAUCGACGUGAUCGCGCGCAUCACCUUCCCGUCGGCGUACGCGGUCUUCUUGAUAUUCUUCUUCAUCCACUACAAGGGCUUCUCCUAG